GUCUUGGACUGGUACUUCCUCAUAUAUACACCGGAAAGGAUCUAUUGCUCGAAAGCCGACUAUCACAUAGAUCUUACCGAGGAUAUUGUGGAAGACUUCGACGAGAUGUUAAGAAGGUAAUGGAGGCAAUCGUUGGGCUGUUGAAUGACAGGGCCGAGGUUGAUGAUUCACCGGAUAGUAAGAUUGUUAGGACGAAAAAAUAUAUUAAGGAAUGAGUAUUUAAUUUCCACAUGUAUUACGAGCGUGGACCUGUUAGCGAACCCAUCCGAGCUUGAAGUAUUGAGACAACGUAACUCUGAGCUUGAGGCGAAGAACGUCGAGCUUGAGGCUAAGAUUGUUGAGCUUGAAAAAUGGAGGCAACGUGCUAUUCUGAACGAGGAAAAGAUUGACGAGCUUAAUGCUGAGAAUGCUGUCCUCGUGGAUGAGAUUUUCGAACUUAAAAGCGAGAAUGCGAAGCUCAGGUGGGAUCACAAGUCUACAGUCGAGGAUCUAAAACGAAAAGAUACAGAACUUGAGAACAGACUCGCGAAAAUGGAACAGGUUCACUAAUACCUCGCUUGCUCCUGCGGAAUUUCAAGCAAUAUAUUAACGUGCAUUUUUUCUACUCCGUAUUUCACCCUACUCGUCCGUAUAUAGGAACCCAGA